AGAUGUCAAUCAAACUGCAUCCGGUUUCGAUGGGGAUUUUCGGGGGGAAAGUGGCUAAGGCAAGAGCUGAGGGGGUAAAAAUAACGUGUUUGGACUGCAGCCCUAGUCUAUUAGACCAGGGCGCAUGGAUUAAUACGCUACAAAACUUCUAAGGGGAGUCUACAACGGGAACCCCCCCCUAGAAAAUGACAUGUAUAAAUAUCAACAUGGGCAAAGGACAGAAGGUUAUGUCUCUCAAGGUUUCUACAAGAACUACCUGUAAUUUAUCAAAACAGAUAAUGACUGCGUUCGCACUUUGGAUAGUAUUGCUGCCUACUGCAGCGUCGGAAUUUGUCCUAAACCUCACACCGAAGGAUCCCAUGGCUCGAGUCGGCGACUGUCUGGUCCUGACGUGCAAAGCCAGUGGUUGCACCGGAACCGUUACGUUCACCUGGUCUUCAUUGCUUGACCGGUCACUCUACGGUAAAACGGAGACCAACGGGACAGUGUCCCUGCAAAUAUUUAACCCAUUGGUAAUUCAGCACGUCAACACGGUCGUCUGUAAGGCCACAUGCAGAACCAAAAGAGAAGAUAUACAAAAAGCGCAAACGUCUACUAAGGUGGACGUAUAUGCCUUACCAAAGGAUCCUACCAUAUCAAGAAGUGACCUUUUGACCGAGGGUCAGGAGAGUAACCUCACCUGUAGAGUUCCAGAUGUGUACCCAGCUGAACGUCUAAUCAUUGAGUGGCUACUGGGAGAUGUUCUCCUCAAACAAGAUGAACAUCUGGAAGUCCAGACUGUCACCUCAGUGUUGAAAUAUAGACCGACAGCCCAGAACAAUGGACAGAAUGUUACCUGCAGAGCCACGCUGGACAUUGGGAUUGACAAGAGAACCAGAGAGACUGUCGCAUCAAUGACCGUUCAAUAUUCCCCCAGAAAUAUCACUAUCUCAGAGAACACUCGGGUGAAAAUCGGAGACAGUUUUACACUGACGUGCAGUGCUGAGGGAAACCCUGAACCUACAGUGUUGUGGAGAAAACUGGACCAAGAUGGCUGCUCAGUCGUGGCAGGAGAGGGUGCGACCGUAUUGGUGGAAGAAGCGUCAUGGUCCCACGGUGGAGAGUAUGAAUGCGUGGCCCACAACGUCGUAGGAAACCGUACAGCUCACAUGACUUUUCAUGUUCAAGGUCCUCCAGAGAAGCCUGUUCUUAAACUGAGCCCAUCUGGUGAGCUGAAAGCGGGGGACAGUGUGACCAUUACCUGCCAAUCAGAGAGUGGGCCGCAGGGGCGUGUGGCGUUACGCCAGUUGACCGGCAGUCAGGGGGCGGAGCUACAGUCCAACCAGGGCCACACCUCCACCUCCAUCACUGUCCAAUCGCUGCCAGCUAAAGACUCGGGACUGUACGAAUGUCAGGCUACCAAUCCCUAUGGGAAACAGACAUCUUCCAUUAACUUCACAGUCUUAGAUGAGCCUUAUACAGAGAACCAGAGAACCACAGAGGCUGUCGCAUCAAUGACAGGUCAAUAUUCCCCCAGAAAUAUCACUAUCUCAGAGAACACUCGGGUGAAAAUCGGAGACCGUUUUACACUGACGUGCCGUGCUGAGGGAAACCCUGAACCUACAGUGUUGUGGAGAAAACUGGACCAAGAUGGCUGCUCAGUCGUGACAGGAGAGGGUGCGACCGUAUUGGUGGAAGAAGCGUCAUGGUCCCACGGUGGAGAGUAUGAAUGCGUGGCCCACAACGUCGUAGGAAACCGUACAGCUCACAUGACUGUUCAUGUUCAAGCGCCGCCCACAAAUCUGUCCGUGGAGGUGUUCCCGUCUGCUGAGUUUGAGAAGGGGCAGAACGUGACCAUCCGGAGCUGGGCUGUGGGCGUUCCCGCCCCCUCGGCCACCCUGGUGAGGCUGCGGGACGGGGUGGAGUUGCACUCCUCUGACGGAACCUUCCACCUGGUCCACCUGGGCCCGGAGCACGCAGGGCUCUACCUGCUCAAUGUCACCAACGUAGUGGGACACCAGAGCCUCAGCUUCAGCCUCAGCGUCAGCAUCCAGGAUAAAUCCGUCAAUCCAAAGACCGUCAUCAUACCUGCCGUGUGCUUCGUUUCCAUGACCGCUGCUGCAGCGACUCUGAUACGAUUCCUGAGGAGAGCAAAAAUGGCAAGUUCAUAUGAACUUGCAAGGACAGUUUAGACUCCCCCCAUGGAGGGAGGAGAGAUCGUCUCAACAUCAGUCUGCAAUUGAGCACUGUACACUGGAACAGUCCACUUCUAGCAUCGAGGGGGUGUUUUCCUCAGAGGUGGACAGAGCUGUGCUUUCGGCAGUGAGAGACUGUAUUCUUCGUUGCUAUUAGUAAAGUGAAGCUCAAACACGCACGCACUGAAAUCAUGGUCUCGAUUCAAUUCGUAUCGUGGAAGUUUAGCGCGAUUGAUAUGUAAAUAUUUUCCAAUUGAGCCGACAGAUGCAGCGGUUACCGUGAAUGCAGAAUCCGCGAACACGGGGACAUUGCCUUUUUAAAAUUCAAUUGCGCUACAGCGAUGAAACUUCCGCGAUACGGAUUGUAUCAAGGCCUAAUUGUUUGUUUAUGCGUGUUCUCUACUGAUGGAUGUACAAAGCCAUGUAACUGAUGAUUGCACAGAUAUGACUUAUAGCAUCUGAUAAUACCUUAUUAGUCAACCACCAGCCCAGGACAUUGUGUCACUGUAGCAUCAGACCUUCUUUCACUGAAGUUUAUAUUAUUGCUGUAUAUAAUAUUUUUUUAAUGUGAAUUAAUAUGUUUUGUACAGACUUAUUGUAAUAAAGAUGACAAUGAAAAGGUG